GUUUGCACGUAAACCUUGGGGCGUUAGCAUUCCAGCAUCCUGUCUGUCUGGCCAAGUUAUCCGUCUUGUCGUGUUGAACUCCAAGGUAGGGUUUGGCGAUCCCCGUGCAACAAAAGUGGCGCGUGUACAUUGUAAACAGAAAUUAAAAUUGUAA